GUUAGCCCUAGUUUGAAGUAAACAGUAUGGAUAUUUGCCAGUAAAGUAUUUUAAUAAAAUAUGGUUCAAAUCGUACAAAUGAAUAGUAAUUUAUGAGUGUUUAAUGUAAAAGAUUAAACAUGUGGCCUAUGCUUCUUAAUAUGACACGCGACGAAUGUCGUCGGACGCUUAGAAGACUCGAAUUGGAAGCCUACUCGAAUAUGAUAAGUGUAUUCAGAGCACAAGGAGCAUUAGAAGACAACAGAAAAAAGUUGCUUGAAGAACUACGCGCCGUUUUGCACAUUAGCAAUGAUCGACAUAGCGCUGAGGCGCGUCGCGUGUCUAAUGACGAACUCUUAGCUACUAUUGCUGAACAAUUAGCCGGUCCUAACACAGGGCUAGGAUGGAUAAGCGAAGGAAGAAGAUUAAUACCACUUAUGCCAAGAGGAAUUGCACAGACAAUGUAUACAGAAAUAGCAGAUAAAGCUGCUGAAGCAGCGGCAGCAGAAAACAGAGAAAUCAAAAAUAGAAUUGAGACUGAGAAAUUAAUAGCUCCUAAGUCAAAUGAGGAGGAAAUGCCAGAUCAUGAAGGCCAGACUGCUGAAGGGUCUCAAUCAAAUGAACUAAUGGAUGAAAUGUCAUAUCCACCGAUUGCCUUGGAAGACAGUACUGCAAAAAUUUGGGAAACUGAACUCCUUAGCCGUAAAAGAAAAAUAGCAGAAGGGGGCAAUUUACCCGAUGAUUCAUCAACACCAGUUAAAAAUAUGAGAAACAUACCACUAAACACAAAUCAAAAACAUCUUAAUUUAUCACAAGUUUAUUCAAGAUAUUCACAGCCAGCUUCAAGUAAAUCAUCAGGGCAUUCUAAACAUUCAUACAAUCAAGUAAGCAAAGUUUCAACAAGUAAAUCCAGUCAACCUCAUGCAGUUCGAUCACUGAAACAUAGAUCCCAUAAACAAAGUUCCAAAAGCACAACACAAGCCUCUCUGAAAGCACAAAGAAAAACUCAGGAACAAUCAUUGUCACCGAGUAGACAGUAUAAUUCAGGACAACAAGCAGAUUACUCAGGGCCACCUGGUUCUUUUCAAGCGAGCUAUGCUCAAUCAAUAUUAGGAAAUAAAACAAAAACAGACUACUUAGAUGAAAUUAAACCGAAAGUACUUUCAUCUCCCAGUAUGGUCUCAGACUCACCAACAAUGCAACUUUUAACCCAACCUGCCACAGUGCCUCAUGAGUUGGCAAUGUCAGACAGUGCUCACCCUGAUGAUCCAUCGUCAUUACAAGCUCAGGCUACCCCUGUUACCAAGCACCCUGUGAGUGGUAAGCCCUGCCAACUCAUAAUAAAAAAACGCGGAGAAGUUGGUACAGAUAAAAAAGUACAAAUGUCUGAAUUUAAAGUCAUACAAAAGCCUACUGAAGAAGUUAAAUUUCUAUCAAAUAGGCAAAUGGUCGUGUCCCCAAGUCCAGCACAUAAAUCCAUUAAUGCAAGCAGCAAAAUUGUUACAACUAAAGUGAUUGGUUCACUCCCAAAAUCAAGAACAUCACACACUCCUGUUCUACAAUCAGACAAAAUGAUUGUUGUAUCAAAAUCGUCAAUUGAAAAUAGAUUGACUAAUUCGAAAGUUAUUAUCAAUUCUUCAGUGAAUGCAACACCUACUAAGGAUAACGUACAUAGUAUAACAAAUAGCAUAUCAAAUAAAACAACAGAAACUUUAACUCCAAAAGGAAUACCAGCUACAGAUUUGAAAGUAUCUGCUAAAACUUUUGUCGUAAAUCCGAAAUCAGGCCAAAAAAUGGUUGUUUUACCCGCAAAGGCGUGUAAAGAAGGACAACUUCCAUUGUUUCAUUUUAAAGGAAUUCCAACAAAUAUGAAAUUAGUGUCAGUUAGUUCACAUAAUUCUCAAGCAACAAAAUCACCUGCAAUCAAUGUUGUAUCUAAUCAGACAGUCGUAAAUGCGAUACCUUCAAGCGCGAAAAUUGUUGGUGUAGAACCAAUAAAAACUGCUAAUAUGGCAGAUAUUGUUCCUGUAAAAGGCCUUACACCCCCCAUUCCUACUCCCAAAAUACCUAAUCCUAUAAUUAGACCUAUGAAUUCGAAAGGCAAUAUUAUAGUCGUCCAGAAAGGAGCCACCUUAGGCAAAACUCUCACAUUUACUAAAAAUGGAAAUGAUGUGUCCAAAAUAAUUAUGGGAAAAAAUGUUAACAAAUUAUUGCAAACAACAAAAUCAGAUCAAGUAGACCCAUCAAAAUCAAGUAAUGUUAUUGUUUUGGAACUAAAUAAUGAACAAACAGGCCGAACGACAACUAUGUCUGAAAUAUUAUGUAGUCACAAUAGUAAUGCUUCAUGUACUCCUGAAAAAGAUCAAACAAACAUUGAUCAAGAGAUCACUCAAGAAACUCCAGUGUUGUUUGAAAACCAAAUAACGCCAGAAAUUUGCAACACAAGCAGCAUAGAUUCAACAACUAGUUUACAAGAAAUAGAUAGAUUAGACCAAUCUACCGUAGGUAUAAUAGGACAGAGUGAAAAGGAAAAAUCUGAUUUUAUUAAGGAAACAGAGGCCGUUAAAGAUACUUCGAGUGUUGCAGACUGGGAAAUGGAAUUAGAUACUACUCCAGGCAAAAGUAAAGACGACGUCGACAAAUUAAACUCCUUACACUUAGAUCUUGGCAUGUCCAGUGAUAGCGAAAACGAAUUCAUUGUCGAUAGUCACGAAGCGAAAACUGAACACUUAGCCGCGGAAAGAAUGCAAACAGAGACACCCACAGGUGAUAACAUCGAACGAUAUACCAAUUCGAGUGCUCUGUCUCGAACUACGAGAACACUACUUAGUCAGCUCCAGGAUGACGGUUCAUCAAGUAACGAUUCGUCAUUCGCUAUUAAAUCGAAAUGUUUGAGUAAAAUACAGGAUAUCGAUAUCAAAAUCGACAAGUCUGAGUCUGAGGCGCUUUCGAAAGCCAGGGCAAAACUUUCGGAAAAAGUGGCAGAGGCUAAGUCACAGCAGAGACGGAUAGAUAUUUAUAGUACAGCCAUAACAACGUCGGAGAUUAAUUUAGAUUCGUUUUCGUAUCUAGACGAGAGCUUGAUGGCGGGUGAUGAUGAGUUUCCGUCGGAGGUUAAGAGGGAAGCUCGCCAGGGCGACGUACUCGACGAUCAACUCAGUCGACUCCUAGGCGAAGACUCGGCUAACUCGACUGACUCACAAACUGUAAGUGAAAGUUUGGCUAUAGAUAAAAAUGAGCAAUAAAUUAAUAGGUAUAUUGAGAAUUGGUAAAAUAUCUUUAAAAUGUAAUAGUACUAGUUUAAGCUGGGACACUUGUGAGCGUUGACGUGAAAUGAUGCGUACGGACAUGACAUUGAGGUUGCGGAAUUUUAAACUAAUGUGUGUAUUAUUUGUGAAUGAAUCGUUUGUAUUGUAUGAGUUGUCUUUAAUAAAAGAGGCUAAAAGAAUAAUAAUUUAAUAAUUUUGAAGACUCCUGCCUGUUCCAAGAACCAAAAAACUACUGAAACAAUUACACUUAAAAGUGGAUAUUUUUUUUAUUCCGAAUAAUAUAUUUUUUUAAAUUGGUAAAAUUUUAAACCAGUUUGUUAAUCAAUUUUGUCAUUUAACAAAUCAGCUGAAAAAGCUGGUUUGUCUUAAAAUUAUAUAAUAUUUUUCGGAGAAUUGGCUUAUUUUUAAUGAUAAAUCUUGCCAAUAUUUUUAUUACGUAACAGAAAAGGACAUUUAAAAAUUAACUUUUAUUGAGACAUGUUGCAUAAUUAUAUUUAAGACAUAUUGCAAUCACAAUAUUGUCAAGAUGAUUUACCUAGUUCAUAUAAUAUAGUUGUUUUGACUUAAACCUUAACUUUUAUCAUUACAAAAAAAAAACAACAAUAAUAGUAUUGUUUUCUUACAUAGACAAACAGACUCUAAGAGUCCUGAUUAACCCUUCUUCUGAAAUUAUAUAGGUAACAUCUCUACAAAAACCUAUUCUUUUGCUUUUUUUAUUGUAGGUAUUUUAGUCAUUUGAAUUUGAUAUAUCUUUCAUAAUACUAACCUAAAACAAAGUAUUUAUUUAUUUGAAAAAAUAAUAUACUUACAGCAAU